CAUUCUUUUUAAAAUUUUGAUAAAAUCGAACGUUCAAACGAUUAAUCAUCUCCAAAGCGUUUCCGAUAUCAGAGAGAAAGAGAAAGAGAAGGAGAGAGAGAGAGAUACAAAAGGCUUAACGAUACUCGGUAUUCCGAGAGUUACUUAUCAUCAAAGAAUAAGAAGUCGUUGAGUUUCUUGAAAACGUAGACAAUGUAGGUCACGAAGAGAUACAUACGUACAAUACAUAUACAUAUGUACGUCCGAAAAAGCCUUUGAGUAUCUCAACUUCACAGCACUCUAAAACACUUGGCACCGACCGUAUCACCCUUCUUACCUUUCUUCAUUCCAACCCUUAUAUUCACCCUCUCUAUAUCUUUGUCUCUUUCACUCUCUAAUAUAAGUAUAUAUAUAUACGUCUCUUAGAUUUUUUUUCUAUCUCUAUCACUCGUACAUACAUACGUAUACAUACAUACACAUUUUUAAUGUCCUUUCUCUCUCCCUUUCUUUUCUUACAGAGAUACCAAAUAAUUAAUUAAUUCUUUUCGUUCUAUCACUCUCUCGUAUGCUUUCACGUGUAUAAACAUUUUAAUAACUUCUUUCUUUCUCUUUCUUCCUCACAUAAAGAUACACACGUAUCUUACGUUUUUUCGUUCUAUCUCUUUCGGUCUUAUAAUACUUAAAUCUUGAAUUUUUUAUUCUGUUUCUCUUUCUUUCUCCUACUCAUGCACGAACAUAUAAAAAAUCGUUCACGUUUUCUUUCUGACUUUCACACAGAAUACAGAUAGAUAUACAUUUCUAUCGUUUUUCUUUUCAUUUCAAUUCUUUGCGACCUUCUUCUUUUUUACACUUUACCUGGUUCACUGGGACACCGUGUCAGUUGCAACUGCGCAAUGUCCGAAAACUAGCCAGAGGAGCACACCCUUCCGCAGUUGCAGUUCGCAACACGAUCUCGUCGGAUCGUGAUCGUACUUUACGGUCAAUUUCAAUUUUUAAAAGCUCGACGAGGACGAUCGUUAAGAAAACGUUUGUUUAAGUUGUAUUAACGACAAUAAAUUUAUAUUAGUUUAUAUAAGUGCUUUUUUUUAUGUUGGUUUGCAUGUGGAAAGCGUUUCGCUGAUAGAAACGCGGGCUGUUUAAUUAGCGUAUCGCAAAAUGAAAGAGUCCAGACACGUGAUCGAUAACGAUAUACGUGAGCUUUCCUUCGAGAAUCAAUCGCGAAUAAAGGUAAAUUAUGAUACACGUGUCAGCAGAAAACGCGCACCGAUACGACCGUGUAAAGCGCAAGGGUACCACCUUCCUAACGAGCCUCUUUAAAUCGAGGAAGCUCAAUUUAGGAAUGAAGAUCAACGAGGACGAAGAAAUGGAACGUUCUCCUAGGAUUGAAUCACCUGCCAUUAUCGCAAACACGUGCCGUCGAGGGGGAAACGAGAACGACAAUGCCGUGUCGAGGAUUCCGUCGACCUUGAGUGUCACUGCCGUCGACGUCCACGUCGCUUGUCAACCCUCACCGUCACACUCUUUUUUGACCUCGACACCAGGUAGAACGCGAAACAUCGAUCAGGAUAUGGAGGCAAUCAGGCUCAGUCGUCAAGACAAUCCAUAUCUUCAGGUAUUGGCCAGUCGUGAGAGUCUCGUCGAAUCGAUUGGAGAAUCGGAAUCGGACGAUGCGAAUCUUAUGUCCCAGGAGCUGUGUGACACGGACCCUUUGACCCUAGCCCAAGUACACGAGCAUCUAGUGCGUAGUCCACCCCCAGCUUCUUGGCCACAUUCGACAGCGUUCGAUUUUUCCCGACAUAAUCAAAAUUGUGGAACACAUAGGGGAAACGAGCAAGAGCUUUCGAGAAGCGAGCCUUCUACGAACAUAAGAGAUCGACACUCGCAUACUUUCUCAUUGUUACAUCCAACCCCGAUAAGAAGCUUUUCGGAGGUACGUCGACUUCACAGAUCAGCUGAUGAUAGUGUUCAAUUGAUGUCGAACGAAUAAAAUUGAUCUGAAGAUGAUCGAUUCAUCAAGAUCAUGAUUUUAUUCAACAAAUUCGACUUGUUUUACAAAAUCCGAAUUAUAUUUUCGGAUGUCAUCGAUCGAAGAAACGGAAAAAAAGUGGAAGAAGAAGAAGAGUUGUGGAAAUGAAUAGAAAUUUCUCAUCGACUCUAUUUGAAAUUUUUUUAUUUACUAUGAAAAAUGCUUUGGAAGCAUUAAUAAGUCGAUUGUAAUCUUCUACUCUUUGCUAGUCAUUAUAGGAAAUAACUGACCUAAAUAUUUUAGUUGUUCAUAUCAUUUUUUUUUUUUUUGUUAAAUACGAUCUUUUUAAGAUACAUAAUUAUUAUUAGAUUUACUCAAAAAAAUCAAUUAUCAUCGCCUUAAUGUCAUCAUAUUUUUACUCGAACUUGAGAUCGUAAGCCAAAAUGUUAUCCUUACUUUUUUUGUUCUUAGGUACAAUGGUACAAUCUCGAGAAAAGAGAGAGAAAGAAAGAGAAAGUGAGAGAGAAAGAGAGAGAGAGAGAGAGGGAGAGAGAGAGAGAGAGAGAGAGAACGAGUAGACGUAAACAAAAAUUUAUUGAAUCGUCGCAAAAUAAUCGUAUUUAAUGUCAAUAAUAUCAAACGUAUUUGCACAUAUACAUAAAAAUAUUAAGUUUCUCUCUCCCGCUCUUUCUCUAUCUAUUUAUCCAUCUGUCUUUCUUUCUCUCGAUAAAUUUGCGCCUUAGAUUAUUAUUAUUUUCCAACGGUGAGAUAAAAAUUAGCUGUCGUCUUUUUCCUCGAUAGCACUUUAUAAAUAAACUAUACGAGCGAUAUUAGACAUUUUUACGGUACGGGCGAUUCCGUUAUAUCGUUCAAGGACAACAAUGAUAAAACUUGUAUCGUUCUUUUAUUCUCAUUAAUUAUUAUUAAUAUCUAUUAUUAUUAUUAUUAUUAUUAUUAUUAUUAUUAUUAUUAUUAUUAUUAUUAUUAUUAUUAUUAUUAUUAUUAUUAGUUGUAGUAGUAGUAGUAUUAGUAUUAUUAUUAUUAUUAUUAUCGUCAUUAUCGGUGGAAGAUUAAUUAAUUGUUUGAAUGUUAGCCUAUGCAAGAAUGAUUUUUGUUACUUAAUUAAAAAAAAAAAAAAAAAAAAAAGAAAAAGAAAAAACGAGAGAGAAAUCAAUCGAAAGAGUUAAUACAUUUCUUUCGUUGUUAUCGUUGAAAAUAUUGUUCAGACGUUUUUAGCUGAAGCACAAGCUAGUUAUAUACAUAUAUGUAUAUGUAUGUAGAGAGAGAGAGAGAGAGAGAGAGAGAAUGGAAGAGAGAAAAAGUUAAUUACUAGAUCAUUUUUAACGUCUCAUUGUUCUUACAAAUGUUACGUUCACUGUCGCUAGUCAAGGAUAAUAAUAUAUCACCGUUAUAUAAUUUCAAGUAUUAAUUGAAGUUUAAAUACAUAUGUUUUUGUUGUUAGAAUUUUUCUGCUAGCAAUAAUAAUUCAUCGAUCAUAAUCGAUCAGAUUUAACUGUUACUGCACAAAACAAAACAAAAGAGAGCCUUCUUUAUACAUUUUUUCUUUAUAAAUUUGUAUGAAAUGUUAAAACAUUCGUCGAAAGUGAAAAAAUUUAGAUAAAAUAAAAGAAAAGAAAAAGAAUAAAGAAAAAGAAAAACACAAAUACACAUACACAAAGAAAAAAUAAAGACAUGUUUUAUUCACGAAAAUGAAGCGUUUGUCUAAAUUGUACAAAUGACGUUGGAGUAAUUUUCGUGAUAAUUUACACAACAAUAUAUUAAAGUCAUCUUUUGUAGAGUUGUAAGAAGAAAGUUGAAAUUAAGAUGAAUUUGAUAUAAAAAUUUUAUGGUUGAAUUUGAUAUGAUUAUUAACAUCAUUUUUCAUAAAAUCGAAAGAAGAAAACGUAGAUUCAAAUUCUACAAAAUUUGAAAAUACGUAAAGGGGGAAACUUCGAAAUUGUUAUAAAAAAUUUUUCGAUUCUCGAUUGGCUUAUUUUUUUCGUAGAAAAAUUUUUUUAUAUGUAAUAUUGUUAGAAAAAAGAAAAAAGAAAAAGGAGAUAAAGAAAAAAGAAAAAACGAGUUUGUUGAUAUUUCGAAAAUAUUUCUAAUAGUCACGUAAUUCUCAGCGAUUACAAAAUAUUUUGUAGUAUUUUAUUUUUUUGUUUGUUUUUCUUGACAAAAAAGAACAUAUAUAUAAUAUAUAUUUCCUGUAACUCAUACGAGCACGUAUCAGUCAAUAUUUCAACGCACAGAUAUCACUUAUUUGUUCACGACUUAAAUACGUUGUGCAUAAAUACAUACAUACAUACAUACAUACAUACAAACAUAAAUAGUUUUUCUCCGUGAGAAACAUUAACGGCCGUCUAACUCACGAAAGGCAAAAAUUUUAUUGAAGAUGCGAAUUAAGAAGAAAAAGAAAGAAAAAAGAAAAAAAAACAAAUAAAUAAAUAUGGUGGCCGUGUUGAGGAGAAACUAUGAGCGUUUUAUUUUUAUUUUUCUUACUUAUUUAAUUUGUUUAACAGAAUAUAAUACAAAAGAAGACGAGGAAGAGAAAAAAUAUAAUAAUAAAAAAGAUAAAAGAAAGAAGAAUUCGAAAACACGCGGAAUCAUAAUGUCUUCCUUCGGACGGCCACUAAGGGAACGCCGUCUCAUUUUUACGGCGUCAUUUUAGCAGGGUUUAUACGAAUAUUCAAAGUAGUAUCACGUAAGAUAAACAAUAUAUAUAUAUAUAUACAUAUAUAUAAUGUGUGUGUAUAUAUAUAUAUGAAUUAGAAAGUUAUUAAUAUAUAAUUAGAAAGUCCAAUUGACUUGGCCAUUGAGAAUUGAGAUUAAUUAUAUUACAUGCAAUUUAUUAUAAUACAUGUAUAUAUAAUAUAUGAACAUAUAUUAUGUAUUUAUAUAUAUAUAUAUAUUAUAUUAUAUAUAUAUAUAUAUAAACGGAAGGUGCAAGUUAUGGGCUUACCGUAUAGCGGUUUGCAGCUUACUAUUCGCAUUACGAAAAUAAUUUUAGAUACCGAUUAUGUGUUAUUUUUUGAUCGAUCAUAGUUUAUUUCCUUUAUUUUUGUUUUUGUUAUUAGAAAAGAAAGAGAUCGUUUGAUAUGCCUAAUUGAAUAUGAACAUGUAUGUACAUGUACUUAUUACAUUGAUAGUUCCUGAAAGAUUACAAAAGUAUAAUAUAUCAGAGACAUUAUGAUAUUAUCUAACACUGUACAGUGAGCCUUUAACUAGAGCUGUCCUGUAUGAGAAUAGGUGCAUUAGAAUGUUCAAGAUAAUUAUAAUCAUUUUAAGAAAGAUGACCGCGAGGAGAUUAUAAAACGACGAAGCGAGUUAAAUAAACAGAUUGAUUUACCAUAAUUAGAGGAUUUGAAGUUCGAUGACGAUCCGUUGAAAAUUUGAUGAGAUUAAUAUGUUGUUUCAAUGCGAUUUAAUAUUUUAUGUGAGAACGAACGUGUUGGAUUACCACGUUGAUAACGUUGUUUUAAAGAAAAUUGACCGAGUUUGUGUACGGUUAUUUAAUGAAAAAAAGAAAAAAAAAUUACCACUGUGUAAAGUUAGCGAUCUUUGAUAAAAAAAAAGACAAAUAUAACUUGACUGAUCUCCGAAACAUUUACUCGCAAGAACACCGACGUCUGUUAAUCUACAUUAUAGGCGAAUGUUUUAAAGAUAAGAAUUUUAUCUUACUGCUAUCUAAUGGCCUAUACAAGCCUCCAUUCCAAUAGAUAAGAAUAUAUUGAAGAAAAAGGAAAGAAAGAGAAAAUAGAAAAAAUUAAAUAAAAAAGAAAAAGAUUAUUCGUGUGCUCUGAGUGCUCGAAGUGCUCUGUGUAAUGAAGUUAUUACAGUACACUAGAUAUUAACUUGCGCAGUUCAAUUUCGAAUUAUAUUCGUUGAUGUAAAUCGAUCGAUCAAUCGAUCGGUCGAUCCACUAGCAUCGACUUUGUAUCAUAAUAAUGUUCAUGUAAUCUCACAUUCUGCAAACUUUUCCAAUCAUUGAAAAGAAAAAAAUAAGAUAUGCGCAUAAACGUAUGAACGCGUAUUUGCACAUACACACACGCGCGCGCGCGCACGCGCGAUGAUCGUUAUGGCGUUUUUUGUGAUUGCACUUUAAAAUUACAAUCUUUAGAUGUGUAUGUUGUUUUUCAAUAAAUAUAAAAUAUA